CGCGUGUGCUGGUCGGUGCUGGCUUCACCAUAGACACCAGCGGGGCCGAUUCUUUGGCUUGUUUACGCUGCUCACGGACCAUGUCUGCGCCGCAGGCUUUGGCGUGUGUCCGUAUGCAGUGGCUUCUGGCUUCGUUCCUCGACGGGUUCGAGGUUGGGCGUAUUUUCUUUGUCCAAGUCUGAUUGUCGCGCGCAGGUGCGCCCAGGGGGUGGGAGUCGCCGCGUCUGCGUUGCUGCUUUCUACUUUUAUUUUAGAACUCAGUGCCAGAGCAUUGAUUUAGGCCCCUCGGCAGGGGGUUCGGACCACCACGCCGCAAACAGCCCAGACUUGUACUCUUUGACUGUGCACCAGGACAGUCACAGGGCGCGAGAGAGCUGCGGUUAGCGUGGCCGCCCUCUUUUCAAACGGCUGAGCUUUGGCUCUAGCGCGCCUUGGAGGCGCUUGAGACCUUGAGGUAGUCUGUUAGGCUGGUCCGACCUUUCAUGCGCUAGAUUGUGCGCGGACUACUGUAGUGCACAGCCCGCCCAACCCCGGGCCAGCCUCGCCCCUGGAUAAUAAUGAUAUGCUUGGCUACAGCAUGAAAAACAGUCCUGAAUAAUCCCCCCACAGUCAGAAAAACACGUUAGGGCACGAAGAUGUUUUUUUUGAUCGUGGCAUGUUAUAGAAUUUUGGCUUUUCAGUCGUUCAUUUUAAUUGGUUGAAAAGGUAAUCGUUUGUGAACUAAGAUUUGAGUAGCUAGUCGAUAUUUUUUGAACUCAGUUUUUGUUGUUGUUGUAAUAUGCACGUCGAGUCAUUUUUGUUGAACUACGAGGUUCAGAACGAAGCGAUAGUUUGGUUGAUGUUACAAGUGCUUCAUGGGUCAUGCCAAUCUCAUAUUUUGUUGGAAUUUGAACUUUUAAUUCCUAAAGAAAUAUCAUUGCUUUCAGUUGUCAACAGAGUUCUACAAAGAUUUUUCUGAUACACAAAUGUACAAGGCGGUGCAAAGGCCAAGGAAUGGCUGCUAAGUGCGAAGAUGGACGGCCUGAGACGUCCCUUCUUUCGGAAGCUAUCAUUGUGAUCUACUUACUGUCAGUGCUGCGCAUCCACAUUUGGACCAUCGUGCAUCUUGUUGCUGAGCUAACAGACUUUCGUGCAGAAACUCACGCGGCUCUCAGUUCAGAAGGUAAGUUAAUGAUUAGAGUACUGUAUUUUUUCUACAAGAGCUAAGGCCAAGAAACAAUGUUAGGGUUUUUCGUUCAGAGUCAGUAGUUCUAACUUUCUAUCUAUUUCGCAAUUUAGGGAGGACCUUCUCGAAUUUCCUCUCCGCAGGUUUCAGAACGACACGACGUGACGCGGAAGCUGUGUUGGCAUUGAUUUUCUAACGCGCGUGAAUUGCUAUUCUCAUUAUUUCCGGAUAGAUUAUCAACAACCGCGAAUCCCUUCUAGCUUAACAAGAACUUUUCUUGUACAGAAUCUGUCCUGGUAUUGCGUUUCGAUCUUUCUUUGCCCUACGCUGGUUUUCCGAGAAUGCAGUUACGCGAGUGGCUUGCUGACGCGCUGCCCCAAUAUGCGCGCAGAGACGCUUUCUGGGCUGCAACGACGAACAUUGUCCUUUAUGUGGCUUUUGCGGGACUUGUCGCGUUGCUGUUCUGGGCGCUAGUGAGCCGUAUGCUUCUAGAUUGGCAAGUUUCGGAGUUUCUUGCCAGCCAAAAGGAGGAGGACUAUGACGUGCUCAUGCAGUCGACACGCACUAUCGACCUACACAAAUCUCUCUCUCGGAGCUUCUCCCCAGAGCGGAUAGUCUGGCGUCAGGAAGCGAUGAAAGAGCAACAAGACUCUGACUGGAGUAGCGAUGAAGACGACGAGUACAGUAGUGACACAGGGUCGUCGGACUCCGGUCUGUUAGCUGCUAGUAACGAGUCUUCUAUCCUGACGACGGACGACGAAGAGGGGUCGCGAGAUUGUUCAGUCGAUUUUAGAUGGGCGAAGUUGGUUCUGCGCGUGUUAGCACGACCGACCAAGGGGCUGCGCGACAGCUCCUUAGCCUCGAGCCAGAACGAUCAGACGGGCAGCCAUCGGAGCGUCGGGAGAAAGAAGUACAAAGCAGAUCAACAUCAAUCCGAGACUAAGACGAGUGAAGUAGCAGCAACGUCAGCAACAUCCAAGUUGAAAAGGAGUAGAGCUAACUCCUCUUUCUGCAGUGAUAUCAUUACGAACUUCUUUUUGAACCGAGAGGUGGAAGACGAAGAAGAACCUCUACUACCUCCAGCAGCAGCAUCAGCAGCAGAGCCGAAGAAUGCGGAGCUGCAGGCAGGUCACACGUGUGAUUACGGCUCGGGAGGUGAUGUGCCAGCGCGCACACCAGAACCUGCCGUUGAAGCGAAGCUGUUGACUAGCGAACGAAGAGAGACCGCAGCCCUGAGCGGUAGUGUCGGGGGUAACGGUGUGAGGACCGUCCGUAGCGGUAGAGGUAGAGUCCGGAGACAGACUCCUGUAGAUGCCUUCGAGGGCUCCGGGCGGCGAAGGUCCACACCUGCGUCCAGCACGAAAAGUAUGUGUUUGAAACGACCACGAUGGUGGAAAGCGGAAGGGCCGCGCUCUAGCGACAAGAUGGAGCGGAACGACGAUUGCGUCGUUGCAGUCUUUUACGAUGACGCCUAUUUCGGAGGGGACGAACGGCUGUACGCAUCGCGUUCGCGGGAGUCACUGGUUAGGACACGCAGCAAAGGCGCUCUCGUUCAGGGGGAGAAGUUGUACGACGCUGUAGAGUCAAAUCGUCGGAUGGCGGGUGUGACGAGGGUGACGGAGUUGCUGCACGCGCCGCGGCCACCUGCGACGACGCUGUAUUCGCAUUCGAGGGCUGCGUCGCGAGAACCGCAGAAGCGCUCAGGCCCGAGCUGCUACACAAUCAGCACACCAGGCGGACAGGGUCAGUGCUGCUUUCAUAACUUCAACGUCGCUGUCCCCGGCAGCGGCAGCGGAUCACCCGCGUCGUGUGGCUCAUCCUCUGUGUCAAACUCAAUCAGCUUAGUUCAGAUGAAGAAGGGGAGCAAUUACAACUACGGGACUACCAGAUCGUGCAGCUUUUCGACGUCAGUUGGCCAUGAGUUACCUGACACAGCGCAGGAAGAGUACAGCGAACGAACAAGUGCAGCUGGAAACAGCGCUAGCAGUUGUGUUGAGGACAACGAUACGAUGAAAUUGGUGGCGGCAUUCGAGGAGGAGGACGAUUUCGAAAUGGAUCUGCGAAGUUCUCUUGAUACCCUGAAUACUGGAGGGUCUUCACUCGUCGUGAGACCUCAGUACGCAAGCAGCAGCUCUUCGGUUUUUCCGCCGCGAGAGGACCCUCUCGGUCGGAGCGGUACCGGAACAACUUCCAGCAGCGAGGGAGUGGCGAGUAGCGAUAAGAGAAGCACUUCCUCCCGUGAGCAAGAUCAACCAUGUCAGCUCACCAAGAAAAGUCUUCCCAUCUUCCUGCCUUCAAAAGCUCCAACAGCAGUGGAUGACGACUCUGCGUCAGAGGGCGAAGUGGAAAUAUUGAGAUGGAAGAACUCGAUUGGUAGGCUGAAACAGCGCUUAGAGGAACUCGAAGAGGAGUACAAGGCGAGUAGUCCCUUUCCCUCCAGAAACACGACCUUUAAUAACUCUGACUCGGUGAACGGCCAAGGAGGUGUGUUGAGGAAGCUUGCGCGCAACAAGAGUCGCGCUAACUUAUCGGGGUCUAACUCGAUCCCCACUGCACGCACGUCAGCAACCACGACAGCCACAGGUCUCGAUGAAUUCAACUCUCCAGCUUGGCUCAUGACGCGCUCGAAUUCGUUAUUGAUUGUUUCCCCCAUAAUGGACGGAAGUAGUGGAGCGGGCCACGCCCACGACAGCGAAGCGAAUUACGGUUCGAGGCGCACAGGUGAUCUUGGAGUCGACCAUAUCUCGUCGCAACCCUUCUUAACUAUCUCCUAACAGGAUGAUGAAUGAAGAAGGGGAUGGAGUUUAAUGCAGAGAGCAAAAAACGAAGAAGAUGAAAAUAUUAAGAAAUCUAGCAUUUUAGCGUUCUUUCACCAAUAGGAAUUUAGCUGGCUUGUUUUUACUUAGCCCUGCGUCCUCCUAAUUUUCUCCAUCAUCGAGUUUCGCGCGUAGUGGGGCAAAAAAAUUUGGAUUAUUUGUUUCAGUUGCUUAGGCGGACGGCUUUCCGCAGCCCAGAUUGACGUGGCGCGUAUGUAGUGAGGCGGACGGCUUUCCGCAUGGCAGUAGUCUGCCUUAGCUCCUAAAUUUGACCAUCUUAAUAUCGACGGAUCAAAAAUUUGGGCGUAUACUAUGGGAGGUUAGCCCCGUCCGUCGCCGGCAGCUUCGCGGAUAAACGUGCAAGCUCUUCCCUUUCGGUUAAGCAUGGCACUACAAAAAAAAGUAAAAAAUAAGCGAAGUGAAUUGAGUUUCGUUAUCUCUUUCGAAUUCGAUGAUCACGUUGUUAUUACAGAACUUACUAUUGGACUCAGAGUCAGAAUGUGGAUCAUAUCUUUUUGAAAAUAUGUAAUUGUGAAAGCUAUACAUAGUGGUAUCAAGCUAAUCAUGUAUUACAACAAAGAACUAGAUGAAGUUAGUACUAUCAAAAACGUCUGCACUACUAGUUAUCAGGUGGAUGUUGAUGAACUUUCAACUGAGUUUGUUUCAAUAGAAUAAAGUGGUUACGGAUAGUGGUAUCUUUGAGGUCCUCUAUGUGUGGUAGAGUUGUAAUGUUACUUUUGAUUUCUUGAAAGAUGAUAUUUCAUUUGAUAGCUGUGGGCACUAAAUCCUUCCCGCUUCUAGCUUUGUGAGGUGACGCGAAUCACAACGAUGCAUUUUGCGGUAUCAGUAAAACUAGAAGUAGAACCAAAAAGAAAAACGACCAUAAUAAUGAUCGCAGAACUCAACGACCUUGACGAGUGAACUUAGUUAUUUUUAGCCAGGCAAAUACGAGGUUCCAACGAUGAAUUAUGUCAGCCGACUCAUUUCAUUGGCAAGAUUUCGUUCGAUGAUGUAUGAUAUAAUGAACGCACUUAUGUACCAUGCUUGAAAAUAUUGAAGUGAAUCUUAAACAAAGUUGAGUGAAAGAAGUCGGGUCCAUCAGAACUGUAACAAUGUUGACUAUCUUAUCUUCGAAGAAGUGAUACCAAUCUUGCAUUCUUGAUUUUGAGUCUUGAUACAGUAAUCUGUACAGUGCGCUGAACUGGUCAUUUCUUUAUAUAUCGCUCUUGUGAGGAGCAUGAGCAAAAUCAACCGCCAAAAAAAAGAACUCGCAAGAUGCAACUCAAAUCAUGUCAAUCAGACGAUGAACUUGAACUUGAACUUGAACAAUGAGUUUAUAUGCAAAACUGCCUUAGUCUUCUGACCUUAGAAGAAGACGCAGUGAAUUUGUGCGUUUUAAGUUGUCCGCCGAGAAAAGUG